CGCGCCUCCCAAAUAAGCGCGGUAACCUCGAGCCGGCCGUUGGUGGGCAUGCUCCCCGAGUGCCCCGCACCAACAUGGCGGUCAUCUCCGCGGGGAUGACUUUAAUUCUCGGUUUUUGGUUAUAGCUGGCGGGUACCCAUUUCUCUUCAGAAAGCUCUGAGCUCGGGGUGGAGUCGGGGAAAGGAAGAGUGGGUGCAGGGGUGAAAGGUGAGAGGAGACCGGAGACAUCCGGACUAGCUCUUGGCGGGAGGAAGAUGGCUGAGGGUGAGCGGCAGCCGCCGCCAGAGUCUUCAGAGGAGACCCCUCCAGCCACUCAGAACUUCAUCAUUCCAAAAAAAGAGAUCCACAUGGUGCCAGACAUGGGCAAAUGGAAGCGGUCUCAGGCAUAUGCAGACUACAUUGGAUUCAUACUCACCCUCAACGAAGGCGUGAAGGGGAAGAAGCUGACCUUCGAGUAUAAAGUCUCUGAGGCCAUUGAGAAACUGGUUGCUCUUCUCAAUACACUGGACAGGUGGAUUGAUGAGACCCCUCCGGAGGACCAGCCGUCUCGAUUUGGGAACAAGGCCUACAGGACCUGGUAUGCCAAACUCGAUGAGGAAGCAGAAAACUUGGUGGCCACAGUGGUCCCCACCCAUCUGGCAGCUGCUGUGCCUGAGGUGGCUGUUUACCUGAAGGAGUCAGUGGGGAACUCCACACGCAUCGACUAUGGCACAGGGCACGAAGCAGCUUUUGCUGCUUUCCUCUGCUGUCUCUGCAAGAUUGGGGUUCUCCGGGUGGAUGACCAAAUAGCUAUUGUCUUCAAGGUGUUCAAUCGAUAUCUUGAGGUUAUGCGGAAACUCCAGAAGACAUACAGGAUGGAGCCAGCUGGCAGCCAGGGAGUGUGGGGCCUGGAUGAUUUCCAAUUUCUGCCCUUCAUCUGGGGCAGUUCGCAACUGAUAGACCACCCGUAUUUAGAGCCCAGGCACUUUGUAGAUGAGAAGGCUGUGAAUGAGAACCACAAGGACUACAUGUUCCUGGAGUGUAUCCUGUUUAUUACUGAGAUGAAGACAGGCCCCUUUGCAGAACACUCCAACCAACUGUGGAACAUCAGUGCUGUCCCCUCCUGGUCUAAAGUGAACCAGGGUCUCAUCCGCAUGUAUAAGGCUGAGUGCCUGGAGAAGUUCCCUGUGAUCCAACACUUCAAGUUUGGGAGCCUGCUGCCCAUCCAGCCUGUCACAUCGUGCUAGGAGGGGCUGAGCAGCCAGAGCCACCCAGGCUGCUGUUCCUGUGCCUGCCCUCCCCUAUCCCAGCUACGGCCCCCUCCCCGCCCUCCUCCCCUCUGUUCUUUCUGUUUGGUGAGAGGCUGUUUACUAGGGUGGGGUGGUGAGCAUGGGAUUGAGGUGGGGCUCAGAGUGUAAAGCUGGAGGACUCAAGUUGGGAGAAGUGACCAAAGUGUGGCUGGUUUCCUGACCUCCCCUGUGGUGGAGGGGCAAGAGAAUGGGGGCUGGGUCAGGAUCCCUGGGCCGCUCACUCCUAUUCCUGUCCCUCCCUCUCCUACCUUCUAUCCUGUCCUGUCCCAUUUUGAGACCUGGGGUUAUUCUGCACACUGUGGGGAAGGAGGAUAUUUUGCUGUUUCCAUGACUUUCCCCUCCUCUGUCCCAUUGCCUUUCUGAGGGUUGGAGCAAUUGCUCCCUGCAGGGUGAGUGAAUUUCCUGAGUCCCUGGUUUCCACUCUUUGAGUGGGUUCUGGAUCCUCUAAGACUGGUGGCCAGCUAGGCGGGGUGGGCUGAGGUGGGGAAGGGAGAAGCCUUGGUUGUGCUGGCUGGUGACCCCUUGGCACCUCUCUUCUCAGCUGCUCCCUGGGCCUGAGGGAACAUGUGUCCAGAGCCUCAUCCUGGCUCUUCCAUUCUUUGGCUGAGUUUCCUGGCCAUAGCCAACCUGUCCCCUUCCUCAGCUAUGGAAGCUGCCCUUUGAGAGGCACUGGGUUCCUGGGAGGGGUUGGGCUGGGCUUACCUACCCACCCUCACCAGCUAACUGGGUGAGGGAGAGGCCUGUCUUUGCAAAGUUUUCCCUGACUGGGAGGGGGUGGUAAAGGCUCAGGGAGAACCUGGAUUCGUCUCAGCCAUCUUCUGCCUCCUCACUGCCACUUGCUUCUCCUCCCAAGGCCCCUUGGCCCAGCUUCUCUGCUCCCCUCAGUGGUGAGUGGGCAGUGGGAAGCUUAGAAAGCAGCAGCCCCCACUGCCUUGUCCUCCCACCUCCCUGGGAUGAGGUAAGCAAUGGCUCCCCCAGCCUGGGCAUUGGUUCUGAGGAUGGACAGGGGUCUGGGGCUGGACAGGCCCUCUCCUAGGGAUGAGGGGGUGCUGGCAGCAGCACUCCAGUUCCUGAGAUUUCUUCUAGGGCUGUUCCCAGGCCUGGUUCUUCCCUGCUGAAGCCUAGACCUGCCCUUCUCUACCAGUCCCAUAUCUGGGGCCCACAUACGAUUUGGCAGGGAGAGCACUUGAGAAGCACAAUACAGGGGCUUGGCCCUCAGAUCCAGGCCAGUGGUCUGGGUAGAGACUGGGGUAGGGCCACAAGAGUCACAGGAAUAAAGCUUUUCCAGGAGAGGCUUAGUACCUGCCUCCCUCCCAUGGUCCAGCCACUGCCCUCUUGGCAUUUCCUGCCCUGUGCUAGUGCCCCUCUUUCCCUCCCCACCCAGCUCCUUGCGCCUUUGUUGCUGUUUGGAUUAAAGCCUCUGUUUUACACCUGC